CUCAGACCUCAAGCAUCCCUAACUGGCGACGCCGCCCCAGGCUCGGCUUCCCGGGCGGGCUUCGGCACAGCGCAGCCGCACUGGUGCCGCCUUCCCACCAAUCUCGACCCUCGACGCGUUCCGUUCGUGCGUGGAGGAGCCGGGCGGGAGGAAAGGCCGCUCCGUGGGCAGGGGGCUGCCUCGCGCAGAGCGGCUGGACCCAGCGACGGCGCGGAUGGCGGACUCCCAGCUGUUCUGCGUGGCCGAGGAGCGCAGCGGCCACUGCGCAGUGGUGGACGGAAACUUCCUCUACGUGUGGGGGGGCUACGUGGACUUAAAGGGAAGAAGAAUCAAUUUAGAAAAUGUCUGAAAAGAAUGAAGGUUUAUACUACCAGAUAUUAAAACAUAUUACGAUACUUUUAAAUCAGUGGUCCUGAUGCACGCUGAGAAAGCAUGAUGGAAUGGAGAAGAAAUAACAUAAACAGCCAAGCAUAUAAGAGUAUUUUGUAUAUAAAAGUCUAUUGAAGACAAUGAAGUAUAUUUGCCUAAUGAUGAGAUUUGGACCUAUGAGAUUGAUAGUGGGUUGUGGACGAUGCACCUCAUGGAAGGAGAACUCCCUACCUCCAUGUCAGGAAGUUGCGGUGCUUGCCUUAAUGGAAAGCUAUACGUUUUUGGAGGAUAUGAUGACAAAGGAUACAGCAAUCGACUUUAUUUUGUUAAUUUGCGAACAAGAGAUGGAACCUAUGUUUGGGAAAAAAUCACCAACUUUGAAGGUCAACCACCCACACCACGUGAUAAACUUUCCUGCUGGGUAUAUAAAGACAGCCUUGCCAAGAAUUUGCAGGCAAACUUAGAUGUUUUGGGCCAAAUUGAUAGAUUAAUAUAUUUUGGUGGCUAUGGGUGUAGGAGACACAAUGAACUCCAAGAUUGUUUUGAUGUUCAUGAUGCGUCUUGGGAAGAGCAGAUAUUCUGGGGAUGGCAUAAUGAUGUUCACAUAUUUGACACAAAGACACAGAGUUGGCUUCAACCAGAAAUUAAAGGUGGUGUUCCACCGCAGCCACGAGCCGCGCAUACGUGUGCAGUUCUCGGAAAUAAGGGCUAUAUCUUUGGCGGACGAGUUUUGCAAACUAGGAUGAAUGAUUUGCACUAUCUAAACUUAGAUACCUGGACCUGGUCUGGAAGGAUUCCAAUUAAUGGAGAAAACCCCAAACAUCGGUCAUGGCAUACUUUAACACCAAUAGCUGAUGAUACGCUUUUCCUAUUUGGUGGACUAAGUGCAGACAAUAUUCCAUUAAGUGAUGGUUGGAUUCAUAAUGUCUUAACAAAUUGUUGGAAACAGCUUACACAUUUACCUAAAACAAAACCCAGGUUAUGGCACACAGCCUGUUUGGGAAAAGAAAAUGAAAUAAUGGUAUUUGGUGGGAGCAAAGAUGAUUUACUUUCCUUGGAUACAGGUCAUUGUAAUGAUUUAUUGAUCUUUCAAACACAGCCUUAUUCACUACUCAGGUCAUGCCUUGACUGCAUUGGUAAAAAUGCUAUAAUUUUAGAAAGUCAGAUAUCUUUAUUACCUCCUAAACUUCUCCAACAAGUACUCAAAAAAAUAACAUUUUGGACUGCAGUUAAUCACCGAGAAGAACAAAGAGCUCAAAAAGAAGAAACAGAAAAUAAGUAUCAGUGGAUCAGUAGCAAUUAAGUUGUUGUAUACUCUAUGUAUUUAAUAUGUUUAAACAUUUUAAUCAGACUGUAUAUUUACCCCCCAGAUUGGAGGCUUGAUUUAGAAGAUAAAAUUUGAAACAAAAAUUCUAUGUUAAACUGAUUGUAUGGCAUGAGAUAUAUAGGAAGAAGAUGUUAAUGGCAGAUUCAUUUGUAUUUAUAUUUGUAAAUUAACGUAAAUUCAUUUCCUUAUAAGCUGCAGAAAAAAAAUCUACUUUCUGAAAGUAAGUAUAAUUGUAAGAGACUUUAACUCACUGUGUCUUCUUUACUGGAAAGAUUAUACAAAUUUGAGGAGAAUAAGAAAUUACCCCAAGGACUUUAGAGAUUCCCCAACCUAAAGAUAGAUAGAUAUAUAAAAACACCUCAUAUCAACUUUCAGAAAGAAUAGAUUUUUCUCAAGUCACUUUAAAAUUACAUAAAGCUUCCCAUUAAAUGACUCGGUUAUUUAAAGAACUUCUCCUUAAAUAACUAAUACAGCUGGCCAAAAUGAUAAAAUAGGCAAGCACUGCUAUGGGAUUAAAUAUUGAACUCCUACCCUUUUAGCACUUAUCUAGUAAAGUAUUCUUCCUCACCUUUGAGUAGGGGAAUAAAUGUCUUCAGUUGUUUUUCUGUUACCUCUGAGUUGUUAGUUUGUCCCAUUUUAUAUGUAUAUAAAGACCAUGUUUGAAAGUGUCUAAAGUGGAGAUUUAUUUGUCAUACAAGCUUUGAAAUAUUGAGAGGCAGUAUAGUUAUUAACUUUAGAGACACCUGAAGAUACAUUUUGCCUUGGGGGAAUACUUCUAAAGUAACUUUCGGUGAAUUAUGAAAUGGGAUGAUAACCUAGUAAUUUGCCUUUCUAGAAACCCCUCGUUUUGGCCCACACCAUUCUACAGAGUUGGUGCUCAAGACCCAGGAUAUUCAAAAUAUGUUAUCUUCCCAUUUCUUUUCAGUAUUAACUGCCUAUAAAGAAAUGGAACAUGAAUAUUUAUCUUUAUGUUCUUUAAAUAGUACUUUUGCUAUGGUUAAGAAGUUGUUCACAUAUCACAGUUGUACCCAUCCAUUGAAUUACUAAUAACAAGGAAUUACUAAGAAUUUGGUAUAUAAAAUUACUGUCUACCAUACCACCAUGCACGUUGACUCUGAAAUUUAAAACGUUGGAGUAAAUAUAUUUCUGUAUUGAAGUGCAUGUAUAAUUUAUAAUGAAAAUUACAGUAGUUUAUAGAUCUCACUACAUUGUAGAGAUAUAUUUUAUAUAUAUGUACUGUCUUUUAGAUGUGUAAAGCUUCUAUUUAUGUAUUGAAAUAUUUUGUGUUUACAUUUUAUUUAUUAUACAAACUAUAUAGAAUUACUAUUUUCCUAGUUUUGUUAGUGUGAACCAGUCAUUAGAAUUGAUUGUGCAAACAAUAUUUCAGUGUAAGUUUUCAUUUUUUCUUACUAGUUUCAGGCUGAAUAACAGAUUUAUAAUCUCAUAGGUAAUAUGGGUCUUAGAAGUAAUAUUUUAUUACUAUGAACUUCAGUAUUUGGCAUUCUAUAAGGAAAAAAUAUCAAAACAUAUUAGACAGUGAUAGAUGACACUGAGUGGGAUGAAUGCUUUUUAAAAUGGCUUCUGGGUUGUGUGAAUGUCUUCUCUAGCCUCUUAGAGAGGCACUUCUGUUUUUAAACGGUUUACCUAAACACUAAAAGUUAGAUUAACCCCCCUCAAAACACACACUCUUCGUUUAGGCUUCAAGAGAAUGAAAAUCUAUAUAUUAUUUAUGGCACACAAAACUGGUACUCUUCUUAUUUGACUUAAUAUAUUGUACUGCUUCAAAAAGUUAUAUGUCCUGAGGUAGCCCCAUAGUAGGAGUGGCAGGGAAUUCUAAUCUGAUCUUCAAUUUCCAAAACUUGGCUUAUAGCAGGGCUUCCCUGCUAUUAGGAGAUGUAGAAACUCUGCAAGCUGGCAAAGCCAGUUUUGAAGAUCCCUAGUCAAGCAGUAUUCAUUCCUCACUUCUUAGCACUUAUGGUUUACUAUCAACUUAUGUGUUGUUGACCUGUGCGGUGUAUAGGAACCCAAGGCAACAUCAGCCUCAUAACUUUCUCUCUUAACUCUCCCUUACGGGUUCUCUGCUUGAAAGAUGACUCUAGAGGGUUGACUUUUUUUUUUUUUUUUUUCAGGUGGUUCACAAAAUAGGUUUCCAGUCUGAUUCUCAAGGAAAAAGAAUUUCUGGCCAUCUUUAUUAUGUGUAUCAGGAUAUUCUUCCAGUUGUCAGGAAGGAUUCUUUUGAGGUAUUACCAUUUUUAGAAUGAUAUAGUAAAUGGCAUAUCAGAGUUAGUGUACAUUUUUUACAGAUUGUAUCUUUGCGUAAGCACAUUUAAAAAAUUAUUAGCCUUUUGAUAGAAGCUUAAAAAUAUUCUUUAGAACUUCAUACUGUCAGCCCAGGAACAAAGUGAUGUUUUCACCAAUACAUUAUUUAUAUGUAUGUAUGUGUGAGAGAGAAAUAAAAUAAACUCACUAAGAUAGAAUAAUUUUCAGGGUAGUACAUAGGGUCUGAAAAAUUAAAAUUUUGAUUUCAGAACACUUCAGAGGAAAAGAAACAGUUUUAAGAAACAAAUAGUACCCCAUUCCCACUUUUUUUUGGUGCCUGUUUUUUCAUUGUAUUAAUGUGAUUCUAUUGGAAUUUCCAAUUUGGUGAAGUUAUCAAACGGUCCAGCAUGUGGGUGCAGCAAGAACAUUUUUUAAAUCACCCAAGUAAUGGACUGAAUGUUUGUAUCCCCACAAAAUUCAUAUGUUGAAACCCUAAUCCCCAAUGUGAUGGUUUUUGGAGGUGGUGUCUUUGGGAGGUAAUUAGGUUUAGGUGAGGUCAUGAGGGUGGGGACCCCAUGAUGGGAUUAGUGUACUUAUAAGAAGAAGAAGAGACCAGAGCUCUCCUUCUCUGUCCCUAUCACAUGAAGAUGCAAUGAGAAGGCAGCCGUCUGCAAGGCAGGAAGAGGGCCCUCAUUAAGAACCAAGUCUGUCAGCACCUUGAUCUUGGACUUCCCAGCCUCUAGAACUGUGAGAAAUAAAUGUCUGUUGUUUAAGCCA